GUCACACGAGUUGCCGAGCAGCCGAAGAGGCGCUUACUUCCGCGUUGGGCCCCGGGGCGUCGGGCGGCCGCGCCGAGGGUCGGGCGGUCGCAGAGGCGGUCUGGCACUGCCAUUGUUUCUGAACUUUCUGAAAGUGUGAGGCAAAGCUUUAGGUGUCCAAGGGAGCGAUGGCUGACCAUAAGGCUGAAGAAGAGGUGCUGGAUGUUCUCAGACUAAACGUAGGUGGCUGUGUUUACACAGCCCGGCGAGAGUCUUUGUGCCGCUUUAAGGACUCUAUGCUGGCAUCUAUGUUCAGUGGUCGUUUUCCUCUAAAAACAGAUGAAUCAGGGGCUUGUGUUAUUGACCGUGAUGGACAUCUAUUUAAGUACCUUUUGGAUUAUCUUCAUGGAGAAGUUCAGAUUCCCACAGAUGAGCAGACUCGAGUUGCUCUGCAGGAAGAAGCUGAUUACUUUGGCAUACCUUACCCAUACAGCUUGUCUGACCACUUGGCCAAUGAAAUGGAGACAUAUUCUUUAAGGUCAAAUAUAGAACUUAAAAAGGCUUUAACAGACUUCUGUGAUUCCUAUGGCUUAGUUUGCAAUAAACCAACAGUUUGGGUUCUCCACUACCUUAACACAUCUGGUGCAAGCUGUGAGAGUAGAAUUAUUGGUGUAUAUGCCACAAAAACUGAUGGAACAGAUGCUAUUGAUAAGCAGCUGGGAGGAAGAAUUCACAGUAAAAGCAUUUUUAAAAGAGAGGCGGGAAAUAAUGUUCAGUACAUUUGGAGCUAUUAUUCAGUAGCAGAGUUGAAGAAAAUGAUGGAUGCUUUUGAUGCUUGGGAAGGAAGAGGUGUUAGCUACUGGCGGGUGCCUCACGAGCUGAUAGAGUGUUGGACUCUGGAAGAGCGACCUUUGCUUGGAAACCUGCGUCACAUGGCCCCAAUUCGAAAGAGGCGACUGAUAACCCUCAAUGAAGAAGAAGAAGGUGUGAACAAGGCUGGUCCUAAGCCAGUCAGAUUUUUGGGUCCCUCCACAAGCACACAAAUUAAAGUAAAAAACUCUGCUUCAGUUAGAGUGACUCCAGCCAAUACUGUCCAGACUUCCUCUCAGGUGACAGCAAAACUGUCUCAAAGCAGCUGCUUUGGAAAAGCAGCUCAGUAUUCUGUGUCCCCUGUGGGCAUGGGAACAUCUGGUUAUUCUUCAGUUUCCCGUGGAACCCAAAACGCUGAAAAUGGAGCCGCACACCCCCCUCCAGCAAAGGUGCUUCUCUCUGAGAAGAAGUCUACAUCCCACAGAGUGAUAAAACUGAAGAGGACUCCACUGUGUGCUGCAGUGCCUUCCUUCCACACCCUCACAGAGGGGAGGCAGGGCAGCUCCUCAGAGCUGGCUCCUCCGGAAGCUUCCAGCACUUUGGGUAUGCAGACUGAAAAUGACAAAGACCAGGCUGAUGGAUAAAAAUGGUGGAAUUGAGACUUCCCGUUUGCCUCAGAACAUCUGUUACCUUUGAUACCUAUAAGUGACAUUGUUUCUUGGUGCAAUAGAAGGGAAAGCUUGUGUUUAUGCUUAGGGUUAUUUCAGGAAGAAUGACUGUGUGAAGUAGGAAGAGGAGGGAGACUUUCUGUGGUUGGGGCUAUAUUUACUUCUCAUUUUCCAAACUUUUAAAAACUUACAUGUCCACGGGCAGUUUGAUUUAUGGUUUUAAAUUUUUUAAAGUUUAAGUGGUUGAUUGGUAUUGAGGCAACAAAACAGUACAGCACAAUAAUCACUUCAGGAGUUCCCUUUGUUGCUGAAAUAUUAGGCACUUUUGUAAGGGUGUUUCUUGCAGCCCUGGGAUAGGUGUGAGGUGUGGGCAUAGAUAUUUCCCUCUGGUGUGAUGAAGAGGAUUGCAUCAGUGCUGGCCUUCGCUGUAUCACAACCAGUGUGAACUCUGAGUCUUAAAAGACAACAUGAGACGACAUGAUGGAGGGGUAAAAAGAUAGUAAUUUGAGGUCCCACUUUGACUCUCAUUUAACUGAGACUUUUUUUUCCUAAAUUGACUUCUUUUACUCUCUUCUGUUAGCAGAUUUAUUGAUAUAUAUCACAAGAAGAUUUCAUGCAAUAAGGACUACAUAGCAUGUUUUUGGAAUUAGUUGUUAAAAUAUCAUAUUUUAAUUUGAAUAGUGAAGUUUUGAAAGUACUUUGAAAAAGAGAAGUUAAAAAAGUGUAACUAAAGUUAACAUUUGUUCUUUAGAAGGGAGUAUUGUAGAGUCAUUCUGAAUAUGCAAUAUGAUUUUGUGUAUAAAAUUUCCAUACAACUUGAACUUAAUAUUUUUAAACAAAACAUUUUUAUUAAUCAUCUAUUUUUUCAUGACUAUUCAGUUGUGUAUGUUUACUCUUGCAUGUUAUGUUUUAUAAUUGAAUCACAUAUUUCUACUUUGAGUGAGCAGUAUACCUUCAGUAUGUUAAAAAAUAAGUUCUUUAGA